ACCCCAAAGGAUGUGGUCAGGUCUGAGAUGAGGAAGAAGUGCGCGGAAGAAGUUUGACGAGCUCCCUGCAACAACUCGCUGUUCGUUACUGAAUCAGUCAAAUUUUGGAUUAAUUUUACAUUAUACAAAACGUUCUAAUUUUGAGACUUGCCGUGAUCGUGUGAAGAUGCAGUGAGGACAAAGACAUGAUGGAAGUGGAGGACAGUGGUGAAGCGAGGACUUCCUGGUCUGUGGCACCAGCAGAGACGCACUCCAUCCUCUAUGACCAUGCUGGGAAGAAGAGAAAACAAGGCCCAGCUCCUGCACCUGUGAUCAGGAUCACAGAGGAUGAAGAGGAAGAGGAGGAGGGCGAAAUGAUGUCCGACCACAUGAAGGAUUCAGAGGAGCCCAGUAAUAAAAGGGUCAAACCUGUGGUGAAGUCGAACAGCCUAACAGGUGUCAUAACACAAUCCAAGACCCCUGCUCUGAAACGCUUUGGACAGUCCAUUUCGCGAUCCAUUAGUUUCCGUACCGAGGCUCGACCUUUGCCCCCGGCUCCCCUUCGCUCUCGCACAAAGGCCUCGUCAUUUCCACGCCGCCGCAGCAGCCAGUGCUGGAGUGACACCGUGGAUAGUCACAACCUCACCGUCAAGGAGAUAAAACGCCAGGAGGUGAUCUAUGAGCUGACUCAGGGAGAGAGACAGCUGAUUGAGGACCUCAGUCUGGUUAAGAAGGUGUACUAUGAGCCCAUGUUGAAGUUGGACAUCAUGACAGAGAGCGAGCUCGGACAGAUCUUUGGAACUCUGGACUCUCUCAUUCCUCUCCAUGAAGAUCUUCUGAGUCGUCUCGAGCGACUGAGGGGAUCAGAGAAUACAGUCGGACAAGUGGGAUCUACUCUGUUGGACUGGUUCCCUUGCCUGGAAGCCUACAUUACAUACUGCUGUAACCAAGUGGGGGCCAAAGCCCUGCUGGACCAGAAGAAGCACGAGAAGAGAGUGGAGCACUUCCUGCGCUUGUGCCAGGAAUCUUCGUUCAGCAGAAAGCUGGACCUGUGGAACUUCCUGGAUCUCCCUCGAAGCCGUUUGGUCAAAUACCCACUGCUGCUGAAAGAGAUACAGAAGUGCACUCCUCCAGAGCACCCUGACGAGGACACACUGCCCGAUGCUUUGGAGCUUAUCCAGAGAAUCGUGGCCGAGGUGAACAAGAAGACAGGGGAGGCUGAGUGUCAGUUCUACAGACGGGGUCUCAUCUAUCUGGAGGAGAGCCAGAGAGUACCAGAGAUCCAGCUGUCCCGCUUCCUCUACUGCCACGGAGAGCUCAAGAACCACAAGGGCCAGCGGCUGCAUGUAUUCCUGUUUGAACUGGCGCUGGUGCUGACCAAACCGGGGGAGGACAAAGAGGGAGGUCAGGUGUUCCAUGUGUACAGACAGCCUCUGCCCAAUGCUUUGUUAAAUCUGGAGGAGAUCCCAGAUGGGGAGGCUGGUGGAGGGGGCACCUUCAGAGGAGCCUUUACUGGGGGGAAUGAUAAAGUGAAGAACUGUUUCCGUGUGAGCAGCAGAGGGCGCUCCAAAGCCCACUCCUACAGCCUACAGGCCAAUGACUCCUUUAGCAAGCAGCAGUGGAUCACCUGUCUGCGCCAAGCCAUCAUCCAGUCACGGGAGAGGACGGCCCAGCACAGAAUGUCGCAGGUCUCCUCUCACGCCGAUCUCGCCCUGUAUCACAUAGCUGAUCUCAGCCUCAGCUCGGACUCAGAAACGAUAGGCCACUCCAGCUGCUGACUGUCAGACUGAUCACCAGGAGGCCUGUGGGCGUCUCUGUCAACGUGUACAUUGAAACAAGAGGAUAUUAAAGGGACUGCUUGCGAAGAUGAUUGUGCUUAGACACACACAUAGCAUUUCCAACAUGGAUUUUAUUUUGUACUCCUUUUUUUUUAAUCUGAUGAAUUGUGGUGAUGUGUAGUGUACAGCUUGG